AUGACGCCGGAGUCGAAAACAACAACAACAACAACAACAACGAAAAUGGCGCAUACACAAAAGCCAGCAGCUGCGUCGGCGUCGUCGUCGUCGUCGCAGCAUUUGUCAACACUGGCAUUGGCUGCGAAUGGCCUGGCGUCUAAAGCGACGAAGGCGGCCAAAAGCUUUGUCAGCAAUCCGAACAACAACAACAACAACAACAGCAAAAAGCAUGCAAUAAAUAUAACGGCUACAAGUGCUGAUAAAAUGCAAAUGCAAAAGCAACAACAACAACAACAACAAAACAGUGUAGCAAACGGCAUUAAAAUAAAAAGUGAAACAACAACAACAGCUGCUGUUGUGGAGGGUUCAUCAUUUGCGUCGUCAUGCUCAUCAUCCUCCUCCUCGUCAUCUUCGUCGGCCUGGUCCAACAUUGAGGAUGCCAACAGCAACGGCGGCGUCUCUGCGGACGAGGAGCACGCAAACGAAGAGGCGCCAUCAGCUGCAACAGCAGCAACAUCAUCAACAUCGAUGAUGACAACGCCACGCCCCGUGCUUCUAACGGCCGUCAAUGCGCACAUCAUUUGCCACUUGUGCCAGGGUUAUCUGAUCAAUGCGACGACCAUCGUCGAAUGUUUGCACUCGUUCUGCCACAGUUGUCUCAUCAAUCACCUGCGCAAGGAGCGCUAUUGUCCUCGCUGCGAGAUGGUCAUCAACAAUGCCAAGCCCAACAUCAAAUCUGAUACCACAUUGCAGGCGAUUGUCUACAAGCUCGUGCCGGGCCUCUAUGAACGGGAGCUAAUGCGUAAGCGCGCCUUCUACAAGGAUCGUCCACAGGAGGCGGCGCUGGCCACGCCCGAACAGCGGGGCGAUGAUACCGAACAUUUGAUAUUCGGUCCCUCCGAUGAUAUGUCCCUGUCGCUGGAAUAUGCCGAACUAGGCGAAUUGAAUGCCGAAUCCGCCGUGGAAUUCGGGGAUACGCUACGCCCGCGCUAUCUGCAAUGCCCGGCCAUGUGCCGGGUGAGUCAUCUGAAGAAGUUCGUCUACGACAAGUACGAGAUCGACGCGCAGCACUUCAGCAUCGACAUCAUGUACAAGGUGAAGACCAUUGUGCUGCAGGACUACUACACGCUCAUGGACAUCGCCUACAUAUACACGUGGAAGCGGGACGCGCCGAUGCGUUUCUAUUUCCGUGUCUACGAAUCGCCGCAGCCGCUGAUGAAGCCGGCGUUACCCAUGACGUUGCCCGUCAAGCCGCAGGUGAAACAGGAGCUGGCCACACCAGUUUCUCCCUCACCCUCACCACCAGCCGCCGCAGCAGUUGCAGCAGCAGCAACGGCUCAGCCGCCCGCCCGCAUCAAGCUGGAGCAGCCGCAGGAUGAGUUCCGCAUUGCGCCCAAAUUGGCCUCGCCAACGGAGCAAUCUCUGAAGCUCUUCAUCAAUCGCAAUCAGCUGGAGAAGCAGGAGAAAUUGCCGCACGAGCGACAUCAUCAUCAUCAUCAUCAUUCGCCAAAAGCGGCCAAGAGCUCGCCGACCACGCCCACCGCCAACACGAAGUUUCCGCCCACCGGCAACUACAACAAGGAGGAGCCGAACAUAAAGCUAAAGAUCGAUCUGUCCAAGCAGAACAGCGUGACAAUCAUCAAUAUGUCCGAUCCGGAACGCAAGGAGAUUGUGAAGCCGUUGAAACCGGAGAAAGAAUCGCGCUCCAAGAGCAAAAAGGACAAGGAUGGUAGCCCCAAAUCCUCAUCGAGCAGCAGUUCCUCCUCCUCAUCCUCUUCGUCCUCCUCCAGCGAGCGCAAACGCAAGAGCCCCUCCCCGCUGACUGUGCCCCCGCUGACCAUUCGCACGGAGCGCAUCUUGAGUCCAAACGGUGUGAGCACCGUGCUCAGUCCGCGCGUGACCAGCGGCGCCUGCCUGGAGGAUCCCAAGUCCGAGUUUCUCAAAUCUUUUGCACUGACGCCCAUCAAGGUGAAGCUGGAAUCGCCGGAGAAGCCGAGCAGCAAUGCAGCGCCGCCAGCAGCAGCCCCGCCUGCAGCCAAGUCCAAGGCACAUCUGGACGACAGCCUGCUGAUGAAGCCGCCCAGCGCGAUGCCGCCCAAGUCGAUAGCCUCGUCUAAGCGCAAGAGCAAGGAGCCCGUCAAGGCCGUGUCCAAGAAGCCGAAACUCUCGCCGCCGCUGCCGCGCGAGGACUUCAAGAUACGUCUGCCCGCGCCCAACAGCUGCCCCUCGCCGCCACCGCCGACGCCGGCGGUGCCUGUCGAGAAGCCACUGAUGCCGCCGCCGCCCGCCAAGCCGCUGCCCAUGCCAGCCGCACGCAAGGCACAGCUGCCGCCCAGCCCCUACCCGACGCACGCACCGCUGCCGCCGCAUCAUCAGGGCAUGCAGAUGGCCGCGCCCGGCAAUCGGACGCCCAUUGCCAAACGCUAUCAGCCUAUAUUGCCGAAGGCGGCGCGUCCUAAUCCGUUCGCCAACAUACCCAGCGAUGUGAAUCGUCUGCUCAAGGAUGUUGGCACCGAGAUCAAGUCGAUUGCCAGCCAGGCCAAGACGCACGUCUACGGGCCCAAGAUGCCGGAGCACAAGAUGGGACCGCCGAGUGCUAUGCACAAGCCCAACAACAGCUCGAACAACAACAACAACAACUCGAACUCGAACAACAACAAAUCGAACUACUUGAAUUUGGCUUUGUUCAAUGCCAGCAAGUCGAAGGGCAAGGAGGCGCCGCCGGGCUGCCGCACGCCCAUGUACACGCCCAAUUCGCCCAUAUAUUCGCCCAGUUCGCCGCAAUAUGUGUCCAACUAUAAUAUACCCACCAUGCCCACCUACAAAUACACGCCCAAACCAACAACAACCAACAACAGCAACAACAACAACAACUCGACGACAGCAACAACAAAUGCGAGCAACUAUUUGCAGAGCAUGUUAAAUGGAACCGGAUCUGGAGGAGCGGGCGGCGGCGGUCUGUUCCCCACGCCGCCAACCAAAACGGAUCAGAACACCAAUCCGGCCGCCGAGGAUGCGCCCGAGAAGCAACAGGUCAAGGUCAAGUCUCUGCUGAAUUCAUGCAACAUCAAUAUACCCUCCUCGCUGUCGAUAACCAUAUCGCGCGACAAUGGAGACGCCUCCUCGCCGAGCAGCGGCGGCCAUGCCAAGCACAAGAGUCCGGUCAACAAUUAUAUCGAAAUUGUCAAGCUGCCCGAUCAGCCGGCGGCUUCGGCCGAGCAGAAGGAACCAGCAGCAGCAGCUGCCAAGGCGACGGCGACGCCUCAGCCGCCCGUCAAGCUGCCCGCGCCGCCCAGCAAGACGAUACCCUCGCCGCAGCAUUUGUUGGCGCGCCUGACGCCGCCCGCUGCCGCCACCGCAGCAGCUGUGCCGGCCAAGACCUCGCCCAAGGCAACGCCCACGGCCAAGCCCGUGCUGACGCCCCAGCAAUCGGAUAAGAAGACGCCCAGCCCGGAGAAGCGCGCCGCCAGCCAGGGCAGCCAUUCGCCCAACUCCAGCGAGAACAAAUCACCCAAAUCCGCGCAAGCAGCGUCUGCUGCUGCCGGCGCCUCUGGCUGUGCCACGUCCAAUGGCGGCGAGUCGGCAGCCAAAAAGUUUCGACCCAUUCUGCCGCGUCAGAAUGCCACAAACGGAGGCGCAACGGAGCCCAAGCUGCUGCCGCAGCAACCCGUUGGCUACAACUUUGCCGCCAAUUUGGCCAACAGCAAAAAGGUGCCCGCCAGCAAAAAGUCACCCGGCGCCGGAGUAGGCGGAGGCGCAGGCGGCGGCACGCCAGCCAAGCUCUCGCAUGCCAAUGGCAGCCAAGCGCUGUGCAAGGCCAGCGUCAAACAUAAACAGGCAAUGCCGACGACGCCGGCAGCUCUCGGCUCCAGCUUGAAGUUUAUGGGUCCACCGACUGGCCAUGCCCAUCCGCAUCUGCCCAAUCCGAAUGCGCCGCUGAGCAUCGCGUCGAGCGCCAAUCAGUUGGACUUGAGCAACUUCCUCAAGGACAAUCUGCGCGCCCAGGCGGCCGCCCAGGUGGCCCAGGCGGCGGCUGCGGCCAAUCAAUCGAAUCUCUUGUACAAUUUUGCGCCCGCCAUCUACAACUAUCAGCAGGCCUAUCUGAUGGAUCAGCUCUCCCGGAUGCAGCGUGCCGGCAACGAGGUCUUCAACGAUUACCUGCAAAAGCUGAAGAGUGCGGCCAUUGCGGGGGGAGAGGGUGCAGCAGGCGAGCAUAGACAGCCCAUAAUGCCCAUGCUGCCCACCGUAACGCUGCCAACGGCCGCCAGUCAACCGAUUGCGGCCAGUCCCAAGACCUCGCCACAUGCUGCCGCACACAAACUGACGCCGGCAGCGACGCCGACGCCGACGCUGGCCAAGAGCAACAGCAGCGGCGGCGGCGUCGGCAGCGGCAACGCCCGGCCGCAGGCAGCGGCAACCAGCAACAACGCGCUGGCCAAAAGCAAGUGAAAUCGUCAACCAUCCAAAAACAACCCCCCACUCGGAACAAACCCCUAUCACGCCCCACAACAGCUCGUCUAACCCUCUGGGGUAAAGGUGUGCACUAAUUAAUAUUUAAAGAGUUUACUUUUUGUUUUUAGUUUUUAAUAAGCUGUUGUUAUACGAGUUUUUUUUCCAUUUCGUUUGACUCUGUGUACAUAGAAGAACUGGCAUUAAAGAGCUGUAAAUAUUAUACAAUAAUAUAUAUAACUACGAUUAACAUAAAUAUACGAUUUACAUUGUAAACAUUCAGAUAAGCUAAGCCACAGAUCGAUUCAGAAUCAAUAUAAACAUACGACAGCUGUUCGUAUCUAAUAUUAACUAUAUGCAUAUUUAUUUAAAGCGAACUUUGACUUGAUUCCAGGCAAACACGGACUAGCCAU